AUGGGAGGCUUCUACAUGCAGUACCUCGAGAGUCUUUGCCGGCGACGAGGAUGGAACGACCCUUCUUACGAGUGUUACCGCGAUCACAGCGGCUACACCUGCUUGGUUCUGGUCAACGGACGCGAGUACCAGACGGAUCUCGCGUAUCAAUCCGACUCGUUGGCCCAGGAAAACGCCGCCAUGCGUGCCUUCAUGGUGUGCCGCAACUUCUCCGUCAACGGCGGCAUGCUGGCUCGCAAUGGCAUCGUUCAGGGGCUUCCGGCCACUGAGCCUGCUCGCCGCUCCAAGAAGAGCCGCCACACAUCAUCCAGUCACAGCUCGCGAGACAGCCACCGUCGAUCUGGUCACCAUUCGAGCAGCAGCUCUACGGCCUCUUUCGACUAA